AUGGACGUGGUACGAGGGCAACUGGAGCGGCUGGUGGAAGUUUUGGAACCGCAGAUGGAGUUUCUGAACUGCCACAUGGUAGAUUAUUUGGUUAAGGGUCAUUGGAGGACGUACAUUCCUGGGGAUAUACGAAAGGAGUUAAAUGGAGUAUCUGACCUGUUGGGAGCUAAGGAGGUUUUCUGGAGUCAGUUUGAUUCAAAAACGCAAGUAUCCUACAAAUUUCCAGCCUUAAUUGAGCAUCUGGAAAAUAUGAAAAGCUACAAACUGGAUGCCUUACCGGAUGUGACAAUAACAUUGGAUCAGCUGAGAAUGGCUUUCAAUGCUAGUUUGAAAGAGACACGACUUAAAAUGCCCGAGCUUAUGAGUGUAAAGAAGUGUCACGAAGUGGAAAUUGCUUCGGGAGUGGUAGCGUCGCUUUGUACGGUGAUUGCUGGCAAGAUCUUGGAUGAUGAUUUGAGCAAGGUGGCAGUAGUUGACGCCGGUGAUGGAAAAGGAUAUCUUUCGUCCAGGGUUGCAUUGGAACAUGGAAUUAAAGUGCUAGGGAUUGAUUCCAAUGAGGGUCAUACUGCUAGUGCGGAAAAGCGUAGGGAUAAAUUGAAGAAAAAAGUCCGAAAAGCCGUUCAGAAAGCAGAUCUGACCAACGACGAGUAUUUCAACGAUUUAUUGGAAAAUGGUGUCAAUGUAGAACCAAAUUACAGGACCACCACCAAGCUGAUCGAUUUCGAUACCAAUUUAAUUGAGAUGGUAAAGGAACAAUUUCCGGACUCCGAAGCGACCCAGUUCUGCCUCGCUGGCUUGCACACCUGUGGCAAUCUGGGACCGAAUUGCUUGCGGUUGUUCCAUCAAAAUCCGCACAUCAAAGCCCUGUGCAAUGUAGGCUGUUGCUAUCAUCUGCUCAUCGAGGAGUUCAUCGUGGACCGGUACUACAAUCAAGACAAGGUGAAGGACAACCCGGGUGUGGGGUUCCCAAUGAGUGACUUUCUGCGAGCGAAGAAAUUUUAUCUGGGUAGGAAUGCGAGAAAUGUGGCCGCGGAAUCGAUCGAUCGGUCGGCUUUCAAUCGGGAGAAUCCGAGUGAUAAGUUGGGGUAUCGGGCGAUGCUGGAAAUUGUGCUGCAGCAGUUGGGAGCCGAAGUGAACACGCAGGUGGGUAAGAUAAAAUGUUCGAAUUUUGUAGAUUAUUCGAGGAAGUCUUUGGGCAGGCUGAAUGUGGAUAGUUCAGGAAUUUCGGACGAGUUUUUGAAUGAUUUGGAAAACAAGUUUCAUGUAGAGUUGGAGCAAUUGAAAGUAUUUUAUCUCUAUCGAAUGACGUAUGCCCCAAUCUUAGAAGCAGUAAUUCUCUUGGACCGUCUCCUUUUUCUGAAGGAGUGUGGAUACAAAAAUAGCUUCUUGGUAAAGUUGUUUGAUCCGGUAGUGUCACCUCGCUGUUACUCCAUUUUAGCGUUUAAAUAAAAUCGAAAUGUUAAUCAG